AUGUGGAAGCCAAGGACAGAGCCGCCCUGCUGAGAGCACGGCGGCCCAUCCUUCAAGAUCGUGACCUCAAGACGUCGGUGGCGCUCGGCCCUCCACCUCCGCCACCGGGGGCGGGGGCCACCUACCUCCAAGUCCCCAGCCAUGACCACCUCCGCCCUUAGACGCCAGGUGAAGAAUAUUGUGCACAACUACUCCGAGGCCGAGAUCAAAGUGCGGGAGGCCACCAGCAAUGACCCCUGGGGACCCCCGAGCUCCCUCAUGUCGGAGAUCGCUGACCUGACCUUCAACACCGUGGCCUUUGCUGAGGUCAUGGGCAUGCUGUGGCGACGCCUCAAUGACAGUGGCAAGAACUGGCGGCACGUGUACAAGGCGCUGACGCUGCUGGAUUAUCUGCUCAAGACGGGCUCUGAGCGUGUGGCCCACCAGUGCCGGGAGAACCUCUACACCAUCCAGACGCUCAAGGACUUCCAACACAUUGACCGGGACGGCAAGGACCAGGGCGUCAACGUGCGCGAGAAGGUCAAGCAGGUGAUGGCCCUGCUCAAGGACGAGGAGCGCCUGCGCCAGGAGCGCACGCAUGCCCUCAAGACCAAGGAGCGCAUGGCCCUGGAGGGCAUGGGCAUUGGCAGUGGGCAGAUGGGCUUCAGCCGCCGCUAUGGAGAUGACGGCCGUUCUCGGGGUUCCCCGUCUUCCUAUACCUCUGCUUCCUCAUCCCCCCGCUACGCCUCGGACCUGGAACACGCACGACCUCAGACAUCAGGAGAAGAAGAGCUGCAGCUGCAGCUGGCGCUGGCCAUGAGCCGAGAAGAGGCAGAGAAGCCAGUCCCCCCAGCCUCCCAUAGGGACGAGGACCUACAGCUGCAGCUGGCUCUGCGUCUGAGCCAGCAGGAACACGAGAAGGAGGUGAAAUCCUGGAGAGGAAAUGACUCCCCAGUGGCCAACGGUGCAGAGGCCGCCUUCUGCCACCAUCGGGACAAAGAACCUGGGAGAGAAGAGAGGAAGGAAGAAGAGAAGCUAAAAGACAGCCAGUCCUCCAUCCUGGACUUGGCUGACAUCUUCGUACCUGCCCCGGCCCUGCCCUCCACACACUGCUCUGCGGACCCAUGGGACAUCCCAGGUCUCAGGCCGAACACAGAGCCCAGUGGCUCCUCCUGGGGACCCUCUGCAGACCCCUGGUCUCCAGUCCCCUCAGGAAAUGCCCUUUCCCGAAGCCAGCCUUGGGACCUGCUUCCUACACUCUCUUCCUCUGAGCCCUGGGGCAGGACCCCAGUGCUGUCUGCCGGACCCCCUCCCACAGAUCCCUGGGCAGUGAACUCCCCCCACCACAAACUCCCCAGCGCUGGGGCUGACCCUUGGGGGCCCUCCGUGGAGACAUCCAACACACCUGCUCUAGGUGGUACUCCAACCUUCCACCCUCUUGCCAAACCUCCGGAUUCUACAGACACCAAGCAGGAGCUGGAGUGUGCCCAGGCUCUGCCCCUGGGGAAGCCCAGAAGCCCUGUGGAGCUGGAUCUGUUUGGAGACCCCAGCCCCAAGCAAAACGGCACCAAGGAGCCAGACACUUUUGACCUGGGCACGCUGGGGGAGACACUAACCCAGCCCAGCAAGGAGACGCGCCCUUGCCGGACCCCAGAAUCCUUCCUGGGUCCCUCGGCCUCGUCCUUGGUCAACCUUGACUCGCUGAUCAAGACGCCCCAGGCUGUGAGGACCCGGAACCCCUUCCUGACAGGUCUCAGCGCUCCAUCCCCCACCAACCCGUUCGGCGCCGGAGAACUGGGCAGGCCGACCCUGAACCAGAUGCGAGCCGGUUCACCCGCGCUGGGCCUGGCUGCGGUCCCCGGCUCCAUGACCUACAGCGCCUCUCUGCCCCUGCCGCUCAGCAGCGUGCCGGCCGGCAUGGGCCUCCCCGCCUCGGUCAGCGUCUUCCCGCAGGCCGGGGCCUUCGCCCCACCGCCCCCCAGCCUGCCGCAGCCGCUGUUGCCCACGUCCGGCUCGGCGGGGCCGCUGCUCCCCACCCCGCAGGCCGGCACCAACCCCUUUCUCUGAGCCUCUGAGCCGUCCUGUGGGCGGUCGGUGCGCCAGGCCCACACCCGCAGGUCUGCUGGCCCGCGGCGCCAGCCCGUCCCGUCGGUCGUGCAGGUUGAGCACCGAUCCAGGCCUCCACCGAGCUCGGACAGCUCCCGAAGCUUAGAGACUGAAGACCUCCGGGGGUCCGAGACCACACAAUGAAGACUGGGACUCAUGUCCUCAGAUCUUACCAAGUGGACUGUUUGCGAGCUGUGGCAGCUGGGCCUGGAUCGCCAGCUGCGGAGAAAUGUACUAUUGAACAGUCUGGGAGUGCAGAAAUACCUCUAUUUCCAUCACAGCUUCUCAACCCCCAACCCUUACCUCCUGUUCUAGAAAGCGCCUUCCAGAUGCUUCCAAGCUGUCACUCAUUCCACUCAUUUAUCACACACACAUAGGCCCUGGAAUGAUCCAACAGCCCCCAGCCUCCAACAGAACCAGUUGGCUCCUAUUUAUUGUACUUUUUUUUUUGUAUGUCAGUACGGGGGCUUGAACU